CAUGGAAGAAUACUCUAAAGAAAUCAAGAACCUCGCAAUGAUCAUCGUGUGUCAAUUGGCAAAGGCUUUAAGGAUGGAUGAAAAAGAAAUGCAAGAUCUAUUCAGUGAUGGUAUGCAAUCAAUGAGGAUGAAUUAUUAUCCGCCUUGCCCUGAAUCAGACAGGGCAAUUGGCUUAAGCCCUCAUUCUGAUGCGGAUGCCCUCACCAUCCUUCUCCAGCUCAAUGAAACUGAAGGUCUCCAAGUCCGAAAAGACGAUAUUUGGGUACCUAUAAAGCCCCUCCCAAAUGCUUUGAUUGUCAAUAUUGGCGAUAUGAUGGAGAUAGUAAGCAAUGGUGUUUAUAAGAGCAUUGAGCAUAGGGCAAUUGUAAACUCAAACAAAGAGAGGCUAUCUGUUGCAGCAUUCUCUACCUUCAAUCUUGAUUCCAAAUUAGGACCUGCACAUAGCCUCAUUGGACCAAAUAAUCCUCCAAUUUUCCGAAGAGUUCUUGUGCAAAACUAUUUACAGGAUUUUUUUGCACGAAAACUUGACGGAAAAUCGUACCUUGAUUUCAUGAAGAUAGAGGCAAGGAAUGGAGAAUCCUAGGUAGCAU